AUGACCGCCAUCGCUAUGACUUGCUCAUAUUUCAUUUUAUUUUUGUUCAGUUUAGCACCACUAUCUGCUUUUUAUACAGUCCAAGGCCACACUACACCUGCUACUACAACAGAAACAUUUCCAACACACAGCUGUGUGCCGGUUAUUCCAAGUCCUAAAGGCGCUGUUCUAACGAUAAAAGUUCGUUUAGUGAAUGGUGGUCAUGUCCAAACACGCAUAGGCGAGAAUUCUUGUGUAGGCUGGCUAAAUAUCAGUGGAGAAAACUGGAGCCAAAAAGAAGCAGACUUGGUGUGUCGUAAGUUGAAUUAUAGCAAAUCCGCAUCACUUCAUAGACGAAAUAAUACAUUUACUGGAACUUACAAGCUACAAUGCCCAGAUUAUGCAACAACUAUUGAAAAUUGUACUAUCAAAUGGUGUUUGUUUCACGAAGCCAAGACACAAGUAACUGUCAACUGCAUCAAUUAUACAACUCAAGCUAGCACAAAAGACAGCUUUUUAUCAGCAACUGCAACCACAACUACAGUAACAACGGCGAGUGGAGCUUCAAAACCAAUAAAUCCAACCACAAAGGAAAGAGGUACAGCUGGACCAAAGUUGUUUCUGAACGAAAUGAUUAAUGAGUUCACUAGAAAAGUCAGAAAAAUGAGAGUCGAAGAUUCAAACAUGCUGGAGAAUUUUUUCAGUACAACUUCAAUUGUGAUGGAAAGUCUUAAGAGGAAUAAAGGAGUAAAAGCCAAUGUUAUGAAAAUAGCUGAACCAAUGGAAAAGUUUGGUACGAGGUGGGCAAGACAUAAUUUGAAGAAUUUAAAGAUUGGUAAGAUGUCUAGGAAGAUAAUGGGAUUAGUGUUUGAGAUGAAUAGAGUUGCCACUAAACGAAGAAUCGUGUUUCCAUCUGAUAGUGAACAAAGCGAUAUGUCAACUACGAUUGAACUUCCUGGCUCGCUAUUUGACGGAACAGAUCGCUGUGUGGUCAAUGCCCUUUUCUCGGAUAUGACUGAAAACAUACCCGAUGUAACAGAUAAUGGCAACAUCACACAUAAAAUAAUCAGUCCCGUGAUAUCGACUACAUUGGACCCCAAACCUGAAAACGUCUUAGAAGAUAACGUGACGAUAGUUUUGAAGCAUUUAAAGAAACCAUCUCAAUACAGUCCGAAGUGUGUCUUUUGGAAAGUGGCAAGGUAA